AUGAUUCAGAAAUUUACAUGUGUUCCAAUAACUGACUAUGAUGUCAUUGUUGUUUCUGAUGGAACAAAAGACCAAAUAAACUCCAAAUUGUCCCAAAUUAAAGAUCUCACCAACAAACGAAUCCCAAAAAAUUCACACAUCACAUAUUUACCUAAUUUCACAAGCUUAUGUCAAUAUUUGGCUGAUAACUCGUCACUGAAAUCUUACAAUGGAAAAGUAUAUUUUAUGUUUUUCAAUGGUUUAGAUUACAUACAGGAGUUCAUCUGGGAUGUGCUUCAAACUUACGGUCAGUCGAUUUUCGAUUCAACUCAGCCACACCCUGUGCAAUUAAAAAACACAUAUUUUUAUUUCGGAUUAAAACAAGAGCUGGAACUCUUGGAUCCAUUCAUUAUGAAUUAUUCCAAACGUAACAUUGAUGAUUUCAAUACGGUAGCUAUGAUGGUAAGUGAUGUAUUAAAUAAAAUGGGCUACAUGUUAGGAGGGGUUAAAGCAGUUUAUAUAGAUGAUUUGCAAUUAGUUGGUGAAAGAAGUAUUGCAAUGAAAAAGUUGAUAAAUAAUUAUCCAAAAGUUGAAAGAUUUGAAUUAGCUAGUUUAUGUUAG